AUGUCUCUUUGGGUGGACAAGCAUAGACCACGGUCUCUCGACGGACUGCAUUACCACGAAGGACUCACCUUGCGUUUGAAGGCAUUGGCUGCAUCGGGAGACUUCCCGCAUAUGUUGUUCUAUGGCCCCUCGGGAGCAGGCAAGAAAACACGGAUAGCAGGGACAUUGCUCGAGCUGUUUGGAAAGGGUGUCGAGAAGCUCAAGAUUGACCAGCGUGUCUUCCUCACGCCGAGCGGGCGCAAGCUCGACGUAAACGUCGUACAGAGCAACUACCACAUAGAGUUGACUCCGAGCGAAGUCGGCAACUUCGACCGCGUCGUCAUCCAAGAUAUCCUGAAAGAGAUUGCGCAGACGCAGCAGGUGGACCUCAGUGCGAAACAAAAGUUCAAACUUGUUGUAAUCCACGAGGCCGACUCGCUCUCCCGCGACGCACAAGCCGCGCUCCGCCGGACAAUGGAAAAGUACAUGUCCAACCUCCGCCUCGUCCUCUGCGCGAACAGCACCAGCAAGCUCAUCGCACCCAUCCGCUCCCGAUGCCUCCUCAUGCGGGUCGCCGCGCCCAGCACCGAAGAGGUGCUCGACCAUGUCGCGAAGCAGGAGAAAUUUUCGAUCCCGGAGGACACCCUCCGGCUCAUCGCCGUGGACUCGAACGGGAACCUGCGGAAGGCCGUCCUCGUCCUCGAGGCGCUCAAGAUGCAAAACCCGGACCUGUCCGCGAGCGGGCUCGCGAUCGCAAAGCCGGACUGGGAGACGUACUGCCACAAGGUCGCGGACAUGAUCGUGCAGGAGCAGUCGCCCGCGCGGGUGAUGGAGGUCCGGGCGAAGCUCUACGAGCUCCUCGCGCACUGCAUCCCCGCCUCGGUCGUGCUCAAGACGGUCGCGGACCGCGUCGUCGAGCAGGUCGACGAGGCGCUCAAGGCGGACAUCAUGCACUGGGCGGCGGUGUACGAGGUGCGGAUGCGCGUCGGGAACAAGAAGAUCUUCCACCUCGAGGCGUGGGUCGUCAAGGUCAUGAGCCUGUACAAGCACUUCUUUUUCGGGUUCGACAUGGAGGCGGACUUCGACGACUGA